UCAGGCUUUGCGGCAUGCGGCUGGCUCGUGAAAGCUCAAGAGUCAUGUUUAUACAGAAAGCUGAAUGCAAUAAAAGAAAACCACCAAUGAAAAAUAAGCUGUAAAACUAUUAGUGAGGAUUUAUUUCCGCAGUAAGCAUGGGCCAUCGGAUUGACGAUGUGAUGAAGCUGUGUUGUGAGCUAUCUGCCAAUCAGCAGAUCAAGUCCACGGUGAAAGGUUCUGGGAAAGGAGCGGCAGCUGCUGGUGGACUCGCCUUCGCUGGAGGCUUGUUUGGGGGUCCUCUCGGCAUCGCUGUGGGUGGUGCAGUGGGCGGUCUCCUUGGCUGCUGGCUGACCAGUGGGCAGUUCAGGCCACUCCCUCAGAUCAUAAUGGAGCUCAGCCCUCAGCAGCAGCAGAAGCUGUAUGACGACGUCAUGGCCAUCCUGGGAGACAUCCAGUGGACCGACCUGGCUCAGUUGACGGCUCUGGUGAUGGGCAACUCCGUGCUGAAGCAGCAGGUCACGGCGGCUCUUAUCGGGUACAUCUCCAAGGAGCUCCAGGCAGAGGUGCACUAUGUGGAUUAGUGUCAGUUUGAAAACUGACCUGCCUGACUCAGAGGAAUUGCACCUUGACCAGCGAUAUGAACUUUAGUUUGGAAGCUGCAGAGUCUGCAGUAAAACACAGCAGUGCCAACUAGGGCUGGACAGAAAAAAAGCGUAUCAAUAAAAUAGAAAUCAUAUUGAUCGAUAUCGAUAAUUAUCAACAAAUUCA